AUGACCUCAAGGAAUUUUUCUUUGCCACGGCAAAUGAAGUCAGGAAAACCAUCCUGGGCCCUCUCUCUCCCAAGUGCAGUUUGAUGGGGAAUAUCAAGACUGUUUUGCAGCGGAUGCUACCAGAGGACUCGUACCAGCUGGCUACGGGGCGGCUGCACAUCUCGCUCACCCGGGUGAUGGAUGGCCAAAACGUCAUAGCCUCUGAGUUCAACUCAAAAGAGGAGCUCAUUCAGGCUCUCCUCUGCAGCUGCUUUCUUCCUAUCUACUGUGGAUUCAUCCCUCCGUCCUACCGAGGUGUGCGAUACAUUGAUGGAGGUUUCACCGGCCUGCAGCCCGUUUCCAGCUUGGAGGAAGCUGUGAUCACUGUGUCCCCAUUCACAGGAGAGAUCGAUAUCUGUCCGCGGGAUUGUCCUGCUAUCUUCUUCUGUUUGCAGAUCUUCAACGGCAGCAUUCAGAUCUCGAUAGAAAACCUCUGCAGGAUUAGCUAUGCUCUCUUUCCACCUAGCACCAUGGUUUUGAAUGACAUUUUCUCCCAAGGGUACCAGGACACUGCCCUUUUCCUCUACAGGAACAAUGCCUUUGGCUUUAACUACUUGAAUGGUAAUUUCCGCUUCGCCAGCAUGUGGGGGAAGAACGACUUUGCACAAUCCAGCAGAACACGCGCUGGCCCAGGCAAGAGGACACCACAGUGCCUGACUCCUUGCUUCCUGCCAG